GUUGGGAAAGUGCAAUGUUAUAUGAAAUGUCUGGCUGUUAUAAAAGGCUUUGGUUAAGUAAUCACAUUUCUCUUGCAUAAGUGCUUGUUUUUGGGAGGCUUUAGCCAAUUGGAGGCUGCAGCAGCACACAGACAGAGAUUGUAUGAAAUCUCUUUAGAUAGGGUUCGGAGGCGGAGACUCCCCAGCGCCGCUUGUAGCUGAACCACAGCUGUAAAACGCUGCCAUAAAGCCUGUGUGGAUUCCUAGUAAGAUGGAUGCUCUACACAAGUUGAAGAUUUUGGUGAUGUUUCUGUCUCUGGCUACUUUCACGGUCAUGGUGAUAAUGAAUGCUGGAAAUGCCACUGGGACUUUCAAAGGUGUGUUCAGGACAACCCCUGGAAACAUCUCUGCCAAGUACAGCACUGAUUUCACACCAGCUGGCUGGACUUUCCUCAUCUGGAACGUCAUCUACGCCUGGCAGCUCGCCUGGCUCCUCUAUGCCCUGUCGGGGAUCUGUCGAAGGAAUGAACUUGGAUAUGUCUUCAUAAAGCCAGACUUGCUGCCAACACCUUUUUAUGUGGCAUGGUGUCUGAAUAAUUGCCUCAAUGUUGGAUGGCUCUUUCUGUGGGACCGAGAAUACCUCCUUCCAGCCCUGGUGUUCCUGGCAGUCCUCUCUUUUACCACGUGUGCCUCCCUUUAUGUUUCCCACCGAGCCUUGAGCAUCCAUUCCUCGUGGUUUGUGAAGGCUCACAAGGCUGAGCUCUGGCUCAUCCGCAUUCUGGUGCAGAACGGGCUGGCCCUGUACCUGACGUGGACCAGCAUCGCCACGCUGCUGAACUUCGCCGUCGUGCUCAUCUACAAGUGGAACGUGCCCAAUGAGAAAGCCACCACUGCUUCCCUGAGCAUCCUGGCUCUCAGCCUGGUGAUAUGGUUUUAUCUAGAAAACUACUUUCUUGACAAGUACGUCCGCUACAACCUCACAGUGUACCCAGUGGUGAUAGCAGCUCUGACUGGUAGUGCGUGCAGGAGCGGCUCGUUCUCAUCCACACUGACCAACGACGUUUUUAUAGUUGUUCUCCUGGCACUGACAUGUUUGAUCUUUGCUGUUCGGCUGGGAUUAGUCAUAUGGAGACACUGGAAGAGACCACUGGAAGCAUCAGAAUCCCGAGGCCCAUCAGGCACAGUGGCCUGAGACCUCUGGCACUUCGUGGCUGAUACUUGAAAGGGAGAAAAAAGAAUUGGGCAUGUGCUGGUCCUUCCCUCCUGUAUCCAUUUCCUUGUGCAUUUCUCUCCUAUUCCCCAUUCCAAAUGCAGAUGUCUUGCAUCUGCAAAUGUGUCCUGCUCCCACAUUCCCUUGGAUCAGCUACUCACAACCCUGACUUGAAUCCCUUUGAUUUUACCCUGGAAAAGUUCAGGAAAAGUUCCUGAGCAGCCCUGUGCACCUUUGUGGUGCCUGGGCUGUGGCUCUCUUCUCCUGCCAACAGGCACCCAGAAGGCUUGCACACACAGUUGUUCUUGUUUUUCCCUUGGUAUCUCCCUUUCUUUGAAGUGCAGAUCCAAGUGAACUGUCCCUGGGGUUCCAGGGGAGCAGUGGGAUGUCUGUCAUUCCCUUGGCCAUUGGUGCUGAGCAUCCUCAAGCCCUGGUGCUGUCUGCAGAUCUCCUGCAGGCAGCCACUGCUCCUUUCCUGCUUCUCUUCAGCAUGACAGGAGCAGAUACUACAAUUUGAUAUCUGCCUUUGCAGUGCCAGCUCUGCUGUUUGAUGUUCAGGGGGGCAGGGGGAGUGACUGGAGAUUUCUGGCACAAAUGUGUUGCCUUUCCCUGAGCUGUGCACAGCUUGGGCUGGCUGGAUGUCUCUCACUGGGGAGGGUUUGUGGCCUCUCUGGAAGGAGGUUAGAUGUACAGAUGAGCUGGUACC